AUGCCCAUUUCUAGUAGCUUAGGAUUAGGACCUAUUAACAGGAAUAGCCUCACGGAAUUCCCUGGUAACAUACGAUUACCUAUUUGGGACGGCGGUGCUACCUUUGAGACCCAGGAUGCUGCUAUGAAAUUCCUUAAUAGCUUUACCAAGACUUAUGGAUAUACAUUGGUCACAAAGAGAUUCAAAACGCCAAAAGAAGGUGGCCCUAUUUACCGAGUUUACCUUCAGUGCAGCCGCGGAGGAGUAUAUCGUGAGCGUACCAACAAAAAGACACGUGUCAGAGAGACAAGCACACAGUGUAUAGGAUGCCCAUUUAGACUUAUCUUGCGCCAUAACAAGCACGCAGAUUGCUGGUGUCUUGAUCUUACAGAUCCAAGGCAUAAUCACCAUUCAGCAACUGGAUCAACACUUGCUUCGUUACGCCAUGAAGAGAUAGAAUCUAAGGAGACUCAAAUUAAGUCUUAUUUGGAUUCGAAAAUGUCAACAAAUCAAAUCUUAUCAACCCUCUAUAAAGAAAAUCCAGAAUCGAUUAUCAAGCCAAGAGAUAUCUACAAUAAGAAAAGGAAACUGCGAGAUGAUUUCCUUGAUAGCAAGACACCAGUCCAGGCCCUUAUUAGUGUUAUUCCAGAUAAUGGUGAUUGGAUAAUUAACUAUGGAACAAGUGAUACAAAUACACUACUUGCUAUAUUCUAUAUACAUAAAACUUCACUCGAGAUGCUCCGCCAAAAUUCUAACAUUCUAUUCAUGGAUUAUACCUACAAAACAAACCAAUAUAAGAUGCCGCUCUUGGAUAUCGUAAGUUGUACAGCAUGCAAUAAGAUGUUUUAUGCAGGAUUUGGCUUUAUGUUAGAUGAAAAGGAAGAGAGCUACAAGUUCAUCUUAGAAUGCUUAGCUAAGGUCUAUGCUCAAGCAAAUCUCCCGUUGCCAAACUGUAUCCUGACUGAUAAAGAUAUGGCCUUAAUGAAUACAAUCCCCACUGUUUUUCCAAUGGCAGACAAUAUCAUCUGUCUUUGGCAUAUUGAAAAGAAUAUUCUUACACAUGUCCAUCCUAUUCUUACGAAUAAAGUGCUUCAUACAAUCUAUUUUGGAGACCCAGCCGCCACAAAGAAGGAUGUCACAUACCAGCUAACCAUAUCCCGAAAUGAAUUAGCCCACUGGACACUAAAACGUGACCUUCAAGUCUCUACAAACGAUCUCCUAGAGACAUUUGAAUCAUUUGACCGUACUGUGACCCGUCAACAUGUUAUAAUCAAGCAGACUCACGAGGAUGAUAAGGUUCUUAAUAUGAAGAAUGACUUUCUUGGCCCGACAAAGAAGCCAUUUAACCCAGAGUAUUCUGGAAUCACGAAACGGACCAUUGGCAUUCCUUGCAUUCAUAUAAUUAAGCACUGUAUCGAUAGUGAGGAGCCACUACAGCCAUAUCAUUUCCACCAGCACUGGCAGUUAUACUCUUCCGAAGAGUUGCCUCUAAUUGAUCCCCAUAUAAUAGUGCUCAACCCGGCGGUGGUCCAAGGUCGUGGUCGCCCCAGAGGCUCAAUCAACCAUCCAAUAGCCUCUCAGGCUAUAUCAAUACGGGAUUCUUCAAUACGGAGAGAGCUAUCAGCAUUCGAGCAUGUUAUUGCGCAGGGGAAUCUUAAUACUGGAAGUCGAGGCCGCAGGGGCAGGGGUCGUGGGGAAUGA